CUAGCUCUAGCUCUCAUGACUAGAUUUUCUGGAAUGUGUAAUGGAUCUCUUGACGUGGUACAUGUGGGGUCAUUUUGAUUCCCAUCAAGUCUUGUCUUCUAAAAAAAUAAGAUCUUUAAUGAAUAGUUGGCUUUUGCUUGCUUUGCCAAAUGUUGAGGGUGAUAUGGCUAGGAUUCAAGUAACUACUAGCAAAGAUAAAGGAAAAAAGGCGACUAAAGAGCCUAACCCAAAGUCCAACAAAGAUAAUGACAUGAAACCCACCAAGAGUGAUGAAGCAUCAAGAGUUGUGCCAGAGAAACGUGUGCCAUACUUAGUUGUGGCUUUAAAAAAAUCCAUUCCCAAUGAAGACGAGAUAGAUGUUGAUGAACCAGCCAUGAGCAUAUCAAAGAAAGUUGUCAGCUUUGGAAAAAUCUUGUCUGAGGAUGAAUCUUCCUCAGUUCUAGCUAAGUUGAGUGAUGUAGAUGACAUACGCAACAAGGCUGAGAAAGUGAUGAUUGGGAAUGCCUUCAUAAAUCUUUAUGCGACUGUGAGGCACAUGGAAGUAACUCUUUUUGUUAAGAUGGUUGAGGAAUUCUUUCAUUACUGUAGGGAUGCCAUAGAUGAUGCUAAGAGCAUAAAUUUCAGAGUUGGAGCAAUUUGGGCUAGUGAAGGUGUACCUUGGCAAAGGCAAAAAUCCUUGGUUAAUAUGAAAGAGCUUAUGCUUAAGUUGGAGGCAACAUUGAAAUCAGCUGAGGAACAUUUGAAAUUACUCAGCCAAGAGAAGGAGUGCCUGGGUUCUAGCAAAGUCGCCUAGUGAUGUCACCCACUUUAUCAAAAUUGUGUUGAAAUAGCUAAUAAUUAUGGUGACAAGCUUGGUCCAUCUGUUCCAUGAGUAGCCAUGCUUUUCAGCCCCCAUUUCUAUGAACAAUUCACAGUGAGGUGGAGUUGCAUAACAAGAAAUAUGUGAUUGUGCAAAAGUAAAGUAGACAAAUAAUGUGUUGAUUAAUGAAAUAAGACACCAUCA